AAUGGUGUCGUCAUUUCAUGGAGUGGAUGGAAAGAUGACGUCUCUGGGAUAGAAGAAUUCGACAUUGACGUAUACCUGACCAGAAAGAACAAUAAUGAACUAAUAGAGAGUCAUCCAGCUAAGAAGAUAUUAACAGUAAAACCAGGUGACCCAUUUCCCAGUUACACACCCGAUAUACCAGGAACAUAUUCCAUCGUACUGACCGUGGUGGACAAUACUGGCCACGGUGGCUCUAGUGGUAAUGUAGAGACAGCCAGACGACUGUUUGUCUUUGAUCCUAACUCUACUAUAGAUGUAGUCCAACAUAAGCCAUUACGACCAGAAUCAGCAGCAGAGAACUCAAGUUACAUCUGGCAACUUAACUUGCAAGAUUUAAGUGGACGAGGUCAACAUGUAGUAUUUAAUUGGACCGAUAGGUUUAUCAAUCGAUACCAUCACGUGAAUAACAUCCUCGGAGCAGUAAGUGACUACCAGGAGAGAGUCGUUCAACCAAAAUACGAUGAUAUGGAAGGUGGACGAACGCGCCUUGCAAUUCCAAACGCUAAUGCAAUUGUGAGGUUUGAUUACACGUACCUUAAAGACCACAGUGGAGGGAAAACAUUAACUGUAAUGCCCGAUGGCAGGUGGACUCCUACAGAUAAUGUUUUGGAUCAAAGUCAAAUAUUGGACAUACCAAGAGAAGAUGGAGACACAGUCAGAUUUUGGGUAAAAGCGGUUGAUGUGAUGGGAACAGAAGUUAUAGAUCACCUUUAUCUUCAUUUUGACUCCACGCCACCGAUCAUAGACGAUAUCUGGUUGGUCAAUAAUGAAAGGGAACAACUUGCAGUUCAUAGCGUCAGGGAUCUAUUUGAGAUGCGAUUUAGGUUCAUAGCGUUUGAUAUCCAUAGUGGGCUGUACACUGUUCAUUGGAAGCUCUUUGACAAUUAUACAGACAAUGAGCUGAUCCUCGGUAAUGCAAACACACAUGUUAUAAAGAUGGAAAAUAACACGCUAGAAACGGAGAGUUAUUGUACACCGGUCGGUCAAUGCUACGGGAUACAGUAUGAUAUAAACCCAGACCGUACAGACUUUCCUAAACCUGGCGGAACACACGAUCACGACUACUUCCUUCAACUUACAGUCACAAACAUUGCCCAACUAGUCACAACCCGCAUCGUAAAAAUUACAAUUGACACAUCUCCACCCCACCCUGGUGUUGUCCACGACGGAAGAGCAGGUACUCCCGAAGUUGAUUUCCAACAAGAUUAUACCAUUCAUGCACACUGGUCUCAGUUUUACGACAGAGAAAGUGGGGUCAUGCUCUAUAGAUACGCUUUUGGUAAUAGCUGCAUUGAGAAAGACGAAUUUACAUCAACAAAUUCAUCUCGGGUUAGGGAAACGAUUUUUACGGAGGUCAGUGACACGAUGACUAAAGCAGGGACAUAUUAUUGCACUGUUGUUGCCUUCAACGGAGCAAUGGAGCCGUCUGAUCCCAUAUGUUCAGAUGGUGUUACAAUAGAUGUUACACCUCCAACAGUACAUUCUAUUAUUGUUGAUCACAUACAUACCACUCCAGGGAUUGUAACUUACAGGAAUUCUCUAUGGCAAAUAAACAAGCACGGCUUCAAACAACCAUUAGGAAACGAUUCAGAUUGCAGAGGACAUGAGGCAGCUGAUAUAAGUGUAUUUGCUGAAAUCAAAGAUUUGGAUGACAAUCUAGAAUGCACUAAUGCCUUUAUAAACCGUUUUUAUCUGACACAAGAGAGACAGUUAACAGUUAACUGGACAGGGUUUGAUACGGAGUCUGAGAUAUUUGACUUUGAGCUAGGAAUGAGCAGCACAAGUUCAUUACUUGCCCCAGAUAUAAUGCCGUUCAGAUCAACAAACCAGAGACCAACUUUAAACUUGUACCAUCCGCCAUUGUCUGAGGGCCAGCUUAUGUAUGUCAUCGUAAAAGCAACUAACAGGGCUAAGGCUGCUACGUCAAAGGCCUUUGGACCAUUGGUUAUUGAUAUCACCGGUCCAAUAUUUGAUAGUGACGUUACUAUAGAUGAGGAAGGGAACUAUUUAGUAAUAUAUUGGGAUUCGUCUAAAGUGUACGAUGCUGAAGAUGACGAGCAAUUACACUAUGAAGUUGCUAUAGGAAAAAACGAGUACCACACAGACAUACUUAACUUUGGUCCGGUUAUGUCGGGAGUUACUUGUAAUGCCACAAACGAUAACUGUUCAGUGGUUCUUCUCAGUCAGUUGGACAUUCACCCUGCACAUCCUCAGACAUUUAUAGCUUACAUAAAAGUGACAAAUGCAGCUGGUUUGUCAACAAUUGUCUCCUCAGAUCCAUACGUUCACUAUAACACAUUGCCCUAUGUUGGAAUUGUAAAGGAUAUCUUGCCAGAGGACGAAAUAGAAAACGAGAUAAUGCUUGACUACGACAUAGAUUAUCAGCUGUCAUCUACAUCAAUCAGAGCGAAAUGGAGUGGAUUUACGCAUCCUCAUCUCUCUGUCAUGUAUAAGAUGGGCAUAGGCACACAUAAAGGACAUGAUGAUGUCAUGGCAUUCGUAGAUGUGAACGAUACUCAAUAUGAAGCAGCAAAGUUGAACUUGGAAACGUAUAUGACAUAUUACACCACUGUGAUUGCGCAGUCACUCACUGGGUCGGUGAAUGCAUCAUCAGAUGGCGUAACAAUUGUGGCGUCGAAUCAAAGUAUCACUAUGGAUAUCUUUGAUGGACUGGGAUGUACUGGCACAAAGAAUCGCACUGAAGAUAAUUUCCCAUGCAAGGAUGAUAUUAUGUUCCAAGCCAGCCUCACAGACAUAUCAGCUCAUUGGACGAUUCCGAAGACCCAUUUACCUUACAUCACCCAUGGCUUUUACAGAAUAGAGCGAUAUGCUGAAGAUACAAUGAUAUGGAUACCUGAGUGCCCGUUUAUUGAAGUCAGGCCGAUAGGGAGCAACAUAACUAUGACCAACUUAGAAAUGACACCAGGCCUAUCAUAUAAAACAGUUGUAAAGUUAUGUACUCCGGCAUCAUGCUUUCUUCCUCUGUCCACAAAUGGGGUAACAAUUCAAGUCGAAUCGCCAAUACCUGGCGCAAUGAAUAUUACCGGGUAUGAUGGCGAGGCAACAUUCACAGUUAUGUUUGACGAAUAUGUCUCCAAUUUGCAAACAAAGCACGUGACAAUUGAAUUUUACGAAUGGACGUUCUCAUUGGACAGUUCAGCAAAUGGUAUAGCCAAGCCAUGGAAGGAAGUGCACGGUAUUUAUGAAAACUGCCACGUAUCGUUUACAGUGGAGAACAAUCUUUCAAAUGCUACUGUUGCUACAAAGUGCUGGCACGUAUGUGUUCGCGGAUGGAAUUUUGCGGGUCUCUCGUCAACAAAGUGCGCAACAAUUACACCAUGUGAUGACAUAAAUACAAAUAAGAAACAUGGAAUGGUUAUUGUUGAUGUUAAAGGACCUAUAAUUUGGAACAAAAACCAGCGAUUGGAAGAGAAUGAUGCUGACUAUACCUCUAGCAGAAACACUAUAUCAGCAGUGUGGCCAUCUCUACGUCAUGGAAAGUACAGCUGGGUAGUUAUUGAAUCAUCAACAGGAUCAAUUGACGGGAGAGCUAUUCCCAAUAACUUAUGUGACAUACACGAUGCUAUUUCUUGUGGUGAAACUGAGGACGAAUGCAUAAAUGCUAACAACCUUACAUUACAUCACGGGACGAGUUACUUCGUUUGCAUAUUUGCAAAUGAUACUGUAAUAUAUCACGAACGGUUUGAAGAACAUCAUCCGGAAAUUAAGGCUUGUAGUGAUGGUGUCAAGGUAGAUUGGACUCCACCUGAUCCUGGGAGUGUAUAUAUACAUUCACAAACACACCCACUUGACAGGGAAACAUACCAGACAUCAUCAAGUCAAAUAGCUGUAUCCUGGAGCCCAUUCAUAGACAUAGAUGACGUAGGAUCUUCCUCAAAUGACGAGCAUCCUGGGAUCAACUACUAUCAGUUUGCAGUUGGUGGGCACAAGGAUGGAGUAGAUGUGGUGGACUUUACUACCAUAGGAAUAGGGAAACGUCAUACAAUAACAGGAUUGAAUCUCACAAAUGGUCAGGAGUACUUCGUUACAAUAAAAGCCACGAACUUCGUUGGAUUAUCGACCCAAGUCUGUAGUUCUCCAGUCAUUGUGGAUACAACCCCACCACAACUAACACAAAUGACUCAUGUGCGAGUGAGAUGGUUAGGGGUAUUUGAGGAUAAAGAGAGUGGAAUUAUUCAUUACACUUGGUCUGUUGGAUCAGAACCGGGCUUUUCAGAUAUCAGUGGACCAUAUCAGACAAAAUAUACAUCAACUACGUCCAACAUAGCUAACCUCGAACUUUUAGAUGGGCAUGUGUACUACGUCACUGUCAAAGCAUACAACAGGGCUGGCUUACAUACAACUGCGAGUUCGCAUGCGUUCACAGUGGAUGCGUCCCCUCCUGUUGUUGGCCAUAUAUAUGACGGCACAAUUGAAAAUACCGAUAACUAUCAUAGAGAUGUUGACUAUCAAACUGACUCAUCUAGAUUGUGCUCCCACUGGGUAGGAUUUGCAGACCCGCACACAGAGGUCAUCGAACACCUCUGGAAAUCAGGAACAUGUCCUGGCUGUGAUGACGUCAUACAAGAACACAACGUUGGACUGAAAUCAGAGGCAUGCAUGGAUUCACUAAAACUUUCACAGGGGAAAAUAUAUUUUUCCACAAUAACUGCGUGUAACCAAGCGGGUCUAUGUAGUGCACAGUCUGGUGAUGGCGUGAUGGUAGAUAUCUCCCCACCUGUCACUGGGGUAGUAGAGGAUGGGACUAUGCCUGAAGAUAUCCAGUUUCAAGCAUCGAGAGAUAUACUCUCUGCCCAUUGGGUUGGUUUUCAUGAUGCUCAUAGUGGACUCUCUAAGUAUGAAAUGCGUGCUGGUACUCAAGUUGGAUCAGAUGACAUCAUUCCUCCAAAGACAAUGCACCUUACUGAAUCCAUAUUUGUACCUUUAGACACACCUUUGCCAGUUAACUCGACCAUAUACAUCACAAUAAGGGCAUAUAACUUUGCAGGUUUGUAUGCCGAAUCAACAAGUAAUGGAUUCACGGUAGAUACAACACCACCAUCUGUCGUUCAACCAGCUUCGGUAGAUUUCAACCAUGGCUCGAUAGAAGACAAUACGCAGGUAUGGAGGAGUUCGUUGACAACUAGAUGGCUGUUUGAAGAUAACGAGUCUGGAAUUGAACGUCAAUAUGUCAGUGUUUAUGCACAUAUUGAUGGGGACUUGGGUGUUCCAACAAUCGAGAUAGGCACUGGUUCCCAUUACACAUUCAGCAACCUUACACUCAACGAUGGAACGGAAUAUUUUGCUUCAAUUGUUGCAUGCAAUAAGGCACAGCUAUGCUCUGAUAGUUCGUCAGAAACGUUGCUGUUCGAUGCAUCAAGACCAUGUAUCGGAACCUUUGCUAGUUGGACAAACCAUGCUGCGGAAGUUGGCAGAUAUAAAGAUGGAUUCAUGACUUGGAAUGGAGCUGAUAUUUCGCUACAUUGGCUUGGGUUUGGAGACCAUCACUCUGGAAUAUCACAUUACUUAGUUACACUUGGGGAAACGUUUGCUGGUCAUGAAUUGACACCAGAUCAACCAAUAGUAAUAGACCACAGUAAGACAGGACCAGUAAACCAUGAAGAAGGUGUUAUACAAACUGCAACUAUAACUCUAAGUCGACCGAUAGAUGAUAGUAAUAAACUAUAUGUCAAAAUGUGGGCAGUUAAUGGGGUUGGAUUGCCGAGUUUAGUUGUCCAUAACUCGUUCGAUGUUGUCGAAAACUCACCAGGUAGAGGGGUUUUGGUGUUAACACGGCGCUGUGAAACACACAGUUGUGAGGGUCAUUGUGUAUGUGCACCCCAUAAUCAACAGUGUGACUUAGACAUCAACAAGACUUGCACACAAGCAAAACACGGUGACAAUUUUGUCAUCCUGGUGAAUGAUACUCAAGCCAUUGGAAGUUUUGAGAAGUCUGAUAAUUUACUAGAAGACAUGGAUUUCACACAUUCGGAUUGCUUGUUAGCAGCAGUGUGGACAAUAUCCGAACGAAAUGGAAAACCACCUAUUAGAUACGAAUAUACAGCUGGUUUAGAAGGAGACGGUUUUGGUAGUGGUGUAGUAAAUUUAGUGAAUGAUCGAAUUUGGUUUGAGGCUGGAUUUUAUAACCAUGCUGUCAUUACUCCCACUUUAACACGACUUCUACAAGGCCAAAGAUAUAUUUUCUAUGUACGGGCCUGGUAUGAUGACGUUACGUUCACAGUUUUCCAGUCAGAUGGCAUUCUCAUCGAUAUCAGCCCACCAACCGUUUCUCGUAUUAGACAUGUCGAGGAAAGUGAUGGUUCUUACGUUGAGUUUGAUAAGGACUUUACUGGUAGUGUUGAUAAACUCAGCGUCCGUUGGCCAGGUGUCUUUGCAGAUGAGGAAUCUGGCAUUUCCCAUUUUCUGUUGGGAAUAGGAACUGCAGUACUAGUUGAUGAUGCUUAUAAGUUCACAAAGCAGACUGAUACAAACGUCCAGUUAUCUGGGAUGUCUUUGACACCAGGCCAGAAGUACUACACAACAAUAGUUGCAGUGUCAAACACUGGAUUAGAAGCAACGAAAGUAUCUGAUGGGUUUACAGUUGACAUAGAACCGCCUAUCCCUGGAAUAGUAUUCGAUGGCAGAUUUUUAUACGACGCAGACUACACCAAUGAGACAACUAUACUUCAUGCCCAGUGGCACGGAUUCUACGACCGACACAGUGGAAUAGACUACUAUAUCUGUUGUGUUGGAACUGCAUCAGACACAUCAACAUGUGAUGUGAUUCCAUUUUAUGGUGUCGGGCUACAAACCAGUGCGUCGAUUGCGAUCCCUGGUGCAUUGCAACCUGGUAAAUAUUACACCAAAGUGCAGGCAGUAGAUGCAGUUGGGCAUCGCUCAGCUGUUAUAUCCUCUGAUGGAAUAAUCGUUGACAUAACGCCACCAGAUAUACUGCAUGCCGCAACUACAAAUGCAAAUCUACUUCGGAAUCCAUCAUUUGAGGAAGACGAAUCAAAUUUUGACAUUCAUUAUCACCCUCUAUGGUCCAAUUCGACCAGUACUCCUCCCCUUCACUGGGAAACGACAACUGGUACAAAGGUUGCUAUAGUGAACAGUAAAGACGGUGAAGCAAGCGAUAGCAACCAAGCGUGUCUUUUACUGGGUAGUAUUCAGCAAAGUGUAGCCACUCAAGUAGGGAAUGUGUAUGCGGUGCAAUUUUCUGUGAGCCACCCUCCUAGACCACCUAUAGAACAUGCGCUACAAACGGGCAAAAUAACUAUACCUGGUACUGAGGUGACCUUUCAAAUCUACCCUCGUCAUGAAAUGACAAAGAAUAACAUUGGUCAUCCCAAUUUGAAAUCGAUGCCAUUGUCUCAUAUAGCUUGGCACAUAUACCUGUAUACAUUCGUUGCAACUGAUCCUGAGUCAACACUUCGUAUUGAAACGCUUGAACGGAACGCUGGACUGUUAAUUGAUGCAGUCAAAAUUGAACCGUUAAGUCAUACUUCGACAAAGGAAGGGGCUAUUGUAGUAGACUACCAGCAAACAGGAGAAUGGUCCUCAAUACAAGCUCGUUGGCAAGUGUUAGACCUUGAAAGCCAUAUCGAUGAUAUAUCAUGGGCGAUAGGACUUAUACAAGGUGGAACCCAGCUUCAAGGGUAUGUAAGUGUCGGUAGGAAGUCGUAUGGAAUCAACACGAAGCUUCAUCUGGUCCAUGGCAUGCUGGUACAUGUGACACUGAUUGUGCGCAAUAAUGCAGGAUUGAUGAGCGUUGUAUAUGCUGAACCCAUCGUGAUUGACCGAACACCUCCUGUUAUCGGAAUUGUAUCGCACAGCAAAGAUAAUGAUACCGGGUACCAAAGUGGACAGGUUUUGAUUGCCAAGUGGGACGUUGAGGAUGAUGAAACAACGAUUAGCCAUUGCACUGUUGCAUUCGGUAAUUCUCCCGAGUUAACAGAUAUCACAGAUUUCAAAAAGAUUCUGUUUUCUGGAAACCCCAUGCUGUUUAACUCUACAAAUCAUGCCAACCUUAAACACGGUACCAAGGUUUAUGCAAAUGUGCGUUGUUUUAACACACUUGGUCUUUGGAGCCAGACAUCGUCAACUGGAAUCACGGUUAUAUCAGAGCCUCCAGAUGUGUCACACGCCCUGAUUGAAUCCCUGCCAAACAAAAUGUCACAUUUUGCAUGUAGCGAUCGGAUCCAGAAUGACAUUCAUGCAAUUCGAUUUAAAUGGGACGGAUUCAAGAAGUCAACAAAUCACAUCGAUUACUAUCAGGUGAACCUCGGAAUGACAAAUGGUGAUGUGAAUGGCACAAUAUAUGAGAUUGUUAACAAUGGACGUCAGCAGAUGACAGUGGAAGAACUGACUUUACAACAAAACAGCCAUUAUACGGUAAAUAUCAAAGCUGUUGACAUGGUCGGAGGUGUCAGUGACGGCGUUCAAUUAAUGCUCACCACAGAUACACGUCCUCCUAAUAUAACGGGUAAUCGUAUUUCUCAUAAAUGGCUGGAAGAAACUACUGUUCGAUUUUUGUGGGAAGGUGUAUUCAUAUCCGACAGCGACCUUUAUUACGAACUUACUAUUGGUACAAAUCCUGGCGGAAGUGACAUCAUGAAAUGGGUUGAAACAAAGCAGACGUCAUUCACACUUUAUGCUGUAGAUAAUUCGCUUGAACAUCAUUUGACUGUGACUGCAAUUAACGAAGCUGGGUUUUACACGUCGACCAUUUUAUCAUUUAACUAUGAUAACUAAGAUCAUAUUCUUUUUUAAAAGAGGCCAUCGUAGUAAUCAAUCUAUCACCUUGAUCAAGUUAUUCAUUCGGUUUCAACAUGUUUUUGUAAGAAAUAUAGACUAUAUAUUUUUCAAUGUCAUGGAUAAAUAUGACCGAAAAAAGACCUGAUGUCUUAGAAAUAUGAAAAGACCUGGUGUAAUGUAUUGCAAACGAA